AUGGGUAAGGACAACUCCGAACAGGAGGAUGCUGUGGCCAACCACGUCUCUGGCCAGGCUAACAAGCCUCUUUCGCGUCCUCCUCACUGCUUGUCCAUUGACGAGACCGUGGCCGAGCUGAAGGCCAAUGCUGAAGAUGGUCUGACUGACGCUGACGCCAAGGCGCGUCUGGAGGAAUACGGCCGCAACCAGUUCGGCGAGGAGAAGGGUGUUCAGCCCGUCAAGAUCCUCGUCGCUCAGGUUGCUAACGCCAUGACACUGGUUCUCAUCCUCGCCAUGGCUGCCUCCUUCGGUAUCGAAUCUUGGAUCGAGGGUGGAGUCGUCACUGGUGUCAUUGCCAUCAACAUUAUCGUUGGUUUCCAGCAAGAAUACAAGGCCGCCAAGACCAUGGACUCGCUCCGCUCCCUGUCAUCGCCUACCGCCUCCGCCGUCCGCGACGGAUCUAAUCAAACUGUCCCUACUGUCGAAAUUGUCCCUGGUGACAUGGUCGAGUUGAAGACUGGCGACACUAUCCCUGCCGAUGUCCGCAUCAUCGAAGCCGUCAACUUCGAGACCAAUGAGGCUCUUCUCACGGGCGAGUCCCUUCCUGUUCGUAAGGAGCCUUCCAUGACUUUUGAGGACGACACUGGUCCCGGUGACCGUCUCAAUGUCGCCUACAGCUCUUCGACUGUCACCAAGGGCCGUGCUCGUGGCAUCGUUUUCGCGACCGGCAUGUACACUGAGAUUGGUCAGAUUGCUGCUGCCCUCCGCGGCAAGAGCUCCCGUCGUCGUCCUGUGAAGCGCAAGGAGGAUGGCAGCGCCAGCCCUGGUCGCUACGUCCAGGCUGGUAUUCUCACUGCAUACGACGCUGUUGGUGUCUUCCUUGGUAUCAACGUCGGCACCCCUCUCCAGCGUAAGCUGUCUCAGCUCGCUCUGCUUCUUUUCGGUAUCGCCAUUAUCUGUGCCAUCAUCGUUCUGGCUGCCAACGACUUCAACACGACCCAGGAGGUUAUUAUCUACGCUGUUGCCACUGGUCUCUCCAUGAUUCCCGCCUCUCUCGUCGUUGUGCUCACCAUCACCAUGGCCGCCGGUACGAAGCGUAUGGUUCAGCGUCACGUCAUCGUUCGCAACCUGAAGUCUCUCGAGGCGCUCGGUGCUGUUACCAACAUUUGCUCUGACAAGACCGGUACCCUCACCCAGGGUAACAUGGUUGUCCGCAAGGCGUGGGUCCCUGGUGUCGGCACCUUCUCUGUCAAGGAUGCUACCGAGCCCUUCAACCCAACCAAGGGUUAUCUCUCCUCCCGCGUCGAGCAGCCUAAGGAUAUCUCCUUCCAGGGUGAGGAUGCUGAGGGCGAAUCGUUCUCCGAUGUUGAUGGCCAGGUCAACUCGAACCCUACGCUUCAGACGUACCUCAACGUCGCGUCUCUGGCUAACCUGGCCACCGUCCACCAAAACAAGGAAGGCGAAUGGCACGCUCGUGGCGACCCGACUGAGAUCGCCAUUCAGGUCUUCGCUUCUCGCUUCAACAUGAACCGUCUCGUUCUGUCCGGCGAGGGCAACAACUGGAACCAGAUCGCCGAGUUCCCCUUUGAUUCCGAUGUCAAGAAAAUGUCUGUCGUCUUUAGCGAUGCCGAGGGCAACCAAAACUGGCUCUUCACCAAGGGUGCCGUCGAGCGUGUCAUCUCUUCUUGCCCCAAGAUCCAGAUUGGCGAUCAAGUGACCGACCUCACCGACGAGAUUGAGCAGGAGAUUCUCCGCAACAUGGAAGCCCUCGCGCGCCUCGGUCUUCGUGUUCUCGCAUUCGCCAGCAAGCAGGAUAUCGGCCCCGUUGACGGACACGAGAACCUUGACCGCAACCUUUACGAGAAGGACCUCAUCUUCCGUGGCCUCAUUGGUCUCUACGAUCCUCCUCGCCCCGAAUCUGCUCCCUCCGUUCAAAUGUUCCACAGGGCUGGCGUCAGUGUUCACAUGCUGACGGGUGACCACCCCGAAACUGCUCGCGCCAUCGCACUUGAAGUCGGCAUCCUGCCCACCCGCAUGAACGAGAUCGCUGCCGACAUCGCUAAGACGAUGGUCAUGGCUGCCCACGACUUUGACAAGCUCACCGAUGACGAGAUCGACCAACUUCCCCGUCUCCCUCUCGUCGUCGCACGCUGCGCUCCCCAGACCAAGGUUCGCAUGAUUGAGGCUCUUCACCGUCGCGAGCGCUUCGUUGCCAUGACCGGUGAUGGUGUCAAUGAUUCUCCCUCCCUCAAGCGUGCUGACGUCGGUAUUGCCAUGGGCCAAGCCGGCUCUGACGUGGCCAAGGAAGCUUCCGAUAUUGUUCUUUCUGACGACAACUUCGCCUCCAUCCUUAACGCUGUCGAAGAGGGACGCCGCAUGUUUGACAACAUUCAAAAGUUUGUUCUCCACGUGCUUGCCCAGAACGUUGCCCAAGCCUGUGUUCUUCUCAUCGGCCUUGCCUUCAAGGACGACAGCAACCUGUCUGUCUUCCCUCUCGCUCCUGUUCAGGUCAUGUGGAUCAUCAUGAUCACGUCUGGUCUUCCCGACAUGGGUCUCGGUUUCGAAAUUGCCGCUCCCGACAUCAUGGAACGUCCUCCCCAGAACCUGAAACAAGGUAUCUUCACGCCUGAGCUUCUGUUCGACAUGCUUGCCUACGGCCUCUGGACUGCUGCUCUCUGCAUGGGAUCUUUCCUCGUCGUCAUGUUUGGCUUCGGUGAUGGUCAGUUCGGCGAGAACUGUAACGCCGACUACUCUGAGGCUUGCGACACCGUUUUCCGCGCUCGUGCUACCUGCUUCGCCUCUCUCACUUGGCAGUCUCUCUUCCUCGCUUGGGAGAUGGUUAACAUGCGCCGGUCUUUCUUCCGCAUGGUGCCCGGCAGCAAGCGUUAUUUCACUCAGUGGAUGCACGAUGUCUACCGCAACAAGGUUCUCUUCUCUGCUGUUGUUUUCGGCUUCGUCACUGUCUUCCCUCUCAACUACAUUCCUGGACUUAACCGUGUUGUAUUCAAGCACACGGGUCUGACCUGGGAGUGGGGUGUUGUCUUCAUUGCCGCCAUCCUCUUCUUCAUCGGUAUCGAGAUCUGGAAGUGGUUGAAGCGCGUCUACUUCCGUCGCCAGGCCCGCAAAGAUACGGGCGGCGUCGCGGACGUGGAGGCUCGUGUAUUCGGUGUCUACUACGACCUUGGUGGUGUGGACUUUGAGAAGUCGGCGUCGAGCCCCAGCAGCAGCGGCGAGAAGGAGCUCCGCGAGAAGCCGUCCAACAACGGCGUUGCGGACAACAAGAAGGCCGAUCUCGAGGCAUGA